CCUCGCUGGGACCGCGGGCACUGGAUGGGAGCCUGGCUUCUGCGGCGACGUACCCCUCAUGCAGCCCCCGGCGCGCUCCUAACACCCGACCUUCCCCAUCCAUUUCUAUUGACCGAGGAGGCCUCAGCUGGGGCCGCGAGGCUCCCUCCCCCGCGCUCUCUCAGCGGUUCAGGCGCAGCCUCCCAGGCGCUGCGCUUGGCUGCGGGCAGGCCUCAGCCAGGCGCUUCCCGCAGCGCGGGGCCGGGCCUGCGUGCGCCUGCUCUGGGGGCCGGGGCGGGCGAGGAGACGUGGCGGCGUUGGGUUCGCUUGUGUGCGGCAGCCGCCCCCAGCCGUCCCGCCCCAGGAGCCCCUGACAGGCCGCGGGUAGGGAGACGUGUGCGAGCGCCAGCGGCCCGGUCUCGCCCGUCCGCCCCUCCCCGCCCCGGGCUGGGAGGUGAUGUCGUUAUGCGGAGGCUCCGGCCACUCCGCUGCCCCUCGGCCCCGGCCCUGGCCCCGUGCUGCCCAGAUGUCCCGGAGACCCGAGCUGGUGUGCGGAGCUGCUAUCGUGCUGGGCUGCGCCCUCCUGGUCACCCUCAAAGUCACCUGCAGCCGAGCAAAAGAUGUAACAAUGGCAGCGAAGGUUCCAGUUAAUUUCUUCUCCUCAAGAUCUCCAGUCCUUGAUCUUUUUCGGGGGCAACUGGACUAUGCAGAUUACAUUCGCCAAGAUUCUGAAGUUGUACUGUAUUUUUUCUAUGCCCCAUGGUGUGGACAGUCCAUUGCAGCAAGGGAAGAAAUUGAACAAGUGGCAAGCAGAUUGGCAGACCAGGUGCUGUUUGUGGCAGUUAACUGCUGGUGGAACCAGGGGAAAUGCAGGAAACAGAAACAUUUCUUUUAUUUUCCUGUGAUAUAUUUGUACCAUCGGAGUUUUGGACCAAUUGAAUACAAAGGCCCUAUGAGUGCUGUUUAUAUUGAAAAGUUUGUUCGCCGGGUGAUGACACCACUACUCUACAUCUCGUCUCGAUCAAAAUUACUAGAUUUCCUCUCAAAUUAUGAGCCUGGAGUUCUAGGAUAUUUUGAGUUCAAUGCUUCACCUCAGCCUCCUGGUUAUUUGAUAUUCUUCACAUCAGCAUUACAUUCAUUAAAGAAAGAUUACCUUGGAACAAUACACUUUGGAGUGAUCACGGAUAAGCAAAUUGCAAAGGAGAUCUCAUUGAUGCGCUCGGGAAGUGUGUACCUUCAUAGACAUGUCAACACUUCGCUUAUCUAUCCAAAUGAAGUCAUGAACUACACAGCUGAGAAUAUUUGCAAGUGGGCUCUAGAAAACCGAGAGACAUUUAUACGUUGGUUGAGACCACAUGGAGGAAAAAGCCUUCUACUAAACAAUGAACUGAAGAAGGGACCAGCCCUUUUCUUAUUUAUACCCUUCAAUCCCUUAGCAGAAAGCCAUCCUCUUUUAGAUGAAAUUACCAAAGUGGCCUUGGAAUACAACAACUGUAAUAAAAGCCAGGCAGCUGAACCUGUUCUUCAGCACUUGAGAGAUGCAAAUUCACCAGAUUUUGAGUCCAUUGUACCCCAUGCGCGAACACAAGUUGCAGACACAUACUCCAUCACAAAGUACCCAUGCUGCAACACGGUGGUGCUCCCUCAGUGGCACUCGAUCUCUAGGACUCACAAUGUCUGUGAGCUUUGUGUCAACCAGACCGUUGGGGUCAAACCAAGUAAAGUCAAUGUACCACAGUGUAACUUUUUAGAGAUAGAAGCAGCUUUGGACUCUUUCUACCUCAAGGAACAUACAUUUUUCCAAUUUGUAUCAAAUACCAUAGAAUGCAGCAAUUUCCUAAGUUUCUAUAGUCCUUUUAGCUACUACACUGCAUGUUGCAGGACAGUAAAUAGGGGUCUGAUAAAUUUAAUUAGUUCUGAAAAGACCAUAUUUCAGACCCCUAAAGUAGCAUUUUCUUCCAAUGGGAAGAAAGGUAAGGAUGAUACCCAUCAUUCUGUUCCUCACAUUGAGGAUAGGAAUUGUUUUACUUCUGAUCUUUGUGUUAAUGGCACUCACGUUACUGGCCUGAGCUGCAGGACCAACAAGACCUUGAAUUUCUAUCUACUGGAUUCAAAUUUGUUUUGGAUGUAUGCGGAGAGACUCGGAGCAUCAAGAUCUACUCAUGUGAAGGAAUUUGCUGCCAUUGUUGAUCUGAAGGAAGAGGCACACUAUAUCUUGGAUCAGAAUCAAACACUUAUAAAAUCAACUCUAGAGAACUUCAUUCAAAACUUCAGCAUUCUCUACAGUCCCUUGAAAAGGCAUCUUGUUGGCGACUCUUCAGUUCAUUUUCCUGCACAGCACAUAAUCACCGAAGUGACUACUAAUACCUUUCGUGAUGUGGUGGUUUUGAGUGAAAAGGAUGUCUUGCUGCUCUAUUAUGCGCAAUGGUGUGGAUUCUGUGCUUCUCUUAAUCACAUCUUUAUCCAACUAGCACGCCUUCUGCCUCCAAAUAACUUCACUGUGGCAAGAAUUGAUGUCACUCGAAAUGAUCUUCCAUGGGAAUUUAUGACGGAUCGUCUCCCAACCAUUUUGUUUUUUCCUUAUAACAGAUUUUCAAAAAUGAAGGACCAAGGACUACCUUUCAACUACUUUGAUAACAUUGAGUUAGGAGGCUUAUACCUCUGUCAGAAUUGUUUAAGCAGAAUGAAAGUUGCCUUUAGAUGUAAGAUAUAUUAUCAGCUUGUAGGACACUAAGACUUUAAUUGCACCUGCAAAUUAAAUGUCAACACUACUGCCCUUCCCCCCCAUACUAAGAGUCACCUCUUCAGCCCCAUUUCCUGAGGAAGCAUGUAUUUAAGCCCUACAGUUUACCUUGAAGGGUGUUAAAGUUGGGUUUUUCUGAACUAGAAUGGGUGAGCAAAAGCAAGUUCCAGAGCAGAGAAACAUCAUUUCCCCCCUCAAACAAGUCUAGGGAUUCUUAGUAACCUUAACAGAUCAACUGAGGGGCUAGAGUACAACAAAUGAGGUAGCCCCUUUACUAUAGGCAGGAUUCUGAUGACUAGAAAACAGAUCUAAUACUGUCUUGAAUUAUAGAUAUGUAACCUGCCUGCCUCUGUAGUCCAGGGACCAGUUAUAAAAUGCUCCAGCAAUGGUUUGCUUGAUCAGCCAUUAAGCCAUACUGAAUUAAGUGAUGUCUGAGUGGUGUAGGUGGUGAUAGAUGCUAGAUAAGUAGCUUUCAAAUAAGUGGACAAUUCUGACAGAAGGGGUAUAGAUCUACUGUAAUUCAUUAUAAGUUUGGGCCUCAACAUUUUGAGGUAGUGAUGGAAAAAUUAGUUCCCAUCCUGUUGGGUACAGUAAGUCUUAAAUUUUGCUUGCAACACUACUGAGUCUAAGCUUCCAGAAUUGUAUGCAUGGUAUUCUAGUGGUAGGAAGGGCACGCUGUAGUUUGGGGGGCAGGGGGAGAGAGAGAAGCUGCUUUUGAAGAAAUGCCUUUGAGGGAGUAGUAGUCUUGGACAAGAGAUUUUGGCUAGUGCAUGCAUCAAGUAAAACUUAAGACAAGUUUACUAGAGGAAAACUGGCAUCAAGUCUGUUUGAAAAUCAAGUUUUUUACAAGGAGAUAUUGUGAAGUCAAGCUCUGUCCCAUGUUAUAUACUAAAUCAGUUUUAGCCAUCUUCCAACCUCUAUUUGUUUUCACCAAAUAAUAGGAUGACAAAAUAGAAGCUAUUGCUUGCUAAAAUGACAUCGGUUUCUGAAGUAUUAGUUGUUAAUGUAACUAUGCUCUAAAGCCAUCAGUAUUGGUAGCAGAUACUGACAGCUUUAGAAUGCUUCUUGCUGAGUGAAAGUAGUGUAGUGUUGGUUCAGAAUACUUAGUGUAAACUUUUUUCUUCCUCUACUUUGUUAAUGGAGUCUUCAGUGGUAUUGGCAUGAGGAUGAAGAUGAGAUCUAUAACUGGCUUAUCACUGUAUUCAUGUUAACUUAAAGUACUGUUUAAGUAGUGUUGCAUUGCAAAAAACUAAAGAUUUUUUUUUUUAAAACCUCAAAUUGUGAUUUAUUACCUCUCUGAAGUCAGGAAAGAAACUUAAUGAGGUUUAUCUAAUGAAACUGAAAGCAUACAGCUACUAGCAGGCUGUGUCCUAAUGUGGAGAAUUAAUUUUUGGAAGCAUGAAAAAAAAAAAUCAGCUAUCUUAAUUUGCCCCUCCACAAUGUAGGUGUAGGUUAUAUUAUGGAAAAAGGCAUAAGGAUUCUCUUGCUUAAAAUUAUGUGUACAGAAUGGUAGUUAAAUAGAAGUGAGCUCUACAAAUUUAAUUUUCAUAUCUGCUGUUUAAGAUCUAAACCAAAUUACAGUGUUCAGACAAAUAGCCAAAGACAUUUGAAAUGCACUAAUCUACCUGUAUG